UAAUCUUUUUUUUUUUUUUUUGUUAAGCACACCUCGUUGAACCUUUACCAGUUCGUUUGCUUGUUUUCCUAAAAAACAAAUAAAAUCAUAGUGCCUCUUCUCCUACCCAAGCAUUUGACUUUGUUGUGGACUCGAUUUAGUUUAAUAGUUGAAUUUCUGUAUCGAUCUGUUUUCCUUUCUGUUUGUUCUGUAAAAAUUUUGGAGAGAUUGGUCUUGAGGCCCAGGCAGCAAUCUUGAUUGGAUUCGAUGCUUCAAGGUCUGGAAAACUGAGAUCGGAUUAGAGGGCAAAAUGUCGCCUUCAAAUACAGGGUCGGUGGGCAACGGAGGAGCAGGAGGAGGAGGAAAGAAUUACAUAGAGCACCAAGUCUCCAAGAUGGACACUCUCGCCGGCGUUGCUAUCAAAUACGGCGUUGAGGUCGCUGACAUUAAAAGGAUGAAUGGCUUUGCUACAGAUCUUCAAAUGUUUGCUUUGAAGACCUUGAAAAUACCUUUACCAGGAAGACAUUCACCAUCUACUGCUUCUCUUUCUCCACAAGAAAACAACACUGAAAAGUCAUCCUCAGGUCUUGGCCAGCCUAAUUUGCUACCACCAUUCCGAUCUGUAGGUUCAAGAGCUCCCAAGGAUAAGGUCACUACAGCAAUGAGCACUUUACAGAAAUACUAUGGUCUAAAACCUCCAAAUCGGAGGGGCUCAACUGAAGGCAUGGAGAUGGCUGUUUACAGAAGUAGAAGUUCAGAAGACUUUGAUGAUGGGUUGUUGUCAAAGGCCUCACCAUUUUCUGAUUCUCAAAGUCACCAUAACAUGACUAGACGUUUUUCUGUUGGUCAAUUGACUGAGAAUGGUGCAAUGGCUGAUUAUAUGCACUUUGCAGACUCCAUGGAUGGGGAGGGUGAGAAAUCUGAUGAUAAGUCAGUCCGAAGGCGUCAGAAAACUGAAGUUGAAAAUGGGAAUGUCACACCAGAGAGGAUGUUAAAAGGGGAAAAAAGUGGUGGGAGCAGUGGUUUCUCAGCCUCAACAGGAAAGGGUUUAGCCAUGAGGCCGAAAUCAGCAAGCCGAGCAGUGCUGCAAUCUGAGUCAGAUUCAGGAUGGUUGAACUCUAUCCCAGUGGGACUGGGAGAGUCUAUCGUGACCACUGAUGAAGUGACUGUUGUUCGCAAAUCAUCAAGCACACCAAGUUUAAAAGAGGAGGAAAAUAACAGCACAGCAUCAGUUUGGCCAACUUCAAGGUGGAGCUUGAAAACAGACUUGCAAGCUCUUUCAAAUGCAGCAUCUAUUACCAGACCAAUCUUUGAUGGCUUGCCGAAACCAAUAACUGGCCGCUGGAAAACUGCCCUUGAUUAGAGGAAUUUUCAUUUGCACUUUCAUAUAAUCAAGUUGCUUCUUUACUAAGAGUAAGAUUCAAUGGAAUGGGCUGAAAUUUCUCAGCUGCACGUUUGGCCAUAGUCAUACUUCAUAUAUAUAGCUGCAGUGCAAUUCAAACAGGAGAAAAAUACCUGAGAGAUUACAAUAGAAGCAGAAUUAUACGGCAAUAAGAUUCUUGUUUCCAAAUAUUGGUAUGUUAAUAACAUUCAAGUCUGAAGCCGUACCUGCAACAGCUUAAGAAAAGCUGCAACAGAGCAGAUAAGUGACGGGAUUAUUUAUCUUAUAUACUAUUUUUUUGUUCUCGGUUAUGUGUUCCUUUGUAUUGAAAGUGGAAAUCCCCACAUGGACAGGGAGUUGAAAUUUAGGAUGGUGAUCUUAUCGUAUCUGUUAUAUAAUUGGAUCAAGAAAGGUGAUGCUGUGCAUUGCAGUACAAUUGUAUCAUUCCUUGCUUAUUGGCAAUGUAGAUUGAUUUUUUAUUUAUGAUACAAUAGUCUUCCAGUUAA